AACCCCAAAGCCCUAAUCCUUCAAACUUCGAAUCCUCGCCAUAGUUUUUCCCCAAAUUCGCCGGCGAUGGCCAGCUCGGCAGCUCCGGCGAUCGCCACGGUGUGCUCCGCCUCCAGUAGAAGGCCAACUCCUCUCUUCUCCAAUCCCACCAUUGUUCUGAUCUCUGGGAAUACAUCAAGGUUUCAUGCUUUUGGAUCGUUCACCCAGACGAGUCUCAGCUCCUUCUCGUCUUGGCAUGGCCUGAAGCACCUUAGGAUCUCAUUCCGGCGUGAUUUCCGCCAUAAAGGGAGGAAGGAGAAAUGCAGAGGCUCAGGUGUGUAUGCAUCUUUGUUCGGAGUUGGAGCUCCAGAAGCUUUGGUUAUUGGAGUUGUAGCUUUGUUGGUUUUUGGGCCAAAAGGUUUGGCAGAAGUGGCCAGGAAUUUAGGCAACACUUUACGUGCUUUCCAACCAACAAUUAAAGAGCUUCAGGAUGUAUCGAGGGAAUUCAAGAACACGCUGGAACGGGAGAUAGGACUCGAUGAAGUUGCAUCAACUGCAAACAACAGAAACAUACCUACAUCCUCACUCAGCAGCGAGACUGAAUUGCCUACCGUCGACCCAAAUGGUGCAACUACCCAAGACCCGGUUGAGUACCUUAAGAAAGUCAGAGCAGAGCAGUUUGCCGCAUCAAUGGCAGCUCAAUCUGAAGAGGUAGCAUCCAGUCCUGAAGCAUCGUCGGAAGCCCCAUCACCGGCAACUUUGGAAAAUGUUUCGGCACCUCUUGCUACUUCAGAAGUUGCUGCUGCUGCUCCAGAGGCUAUAGCUGAGGCAACAUCAUCAGAAAAGACUGAAAAGUAAAGAGAAACAUUGGUGUUUCUUUGGUGCAAACUAAAACCUAUGAAAUUUUUUGCAGGCCAUGUAAACAAAUUGUUGUACUGUAUAUUUUGACAAGAGGGAAGGACCGGAAGGUCAUUCUGAUUUGUUACCAAGGGCUAAACUCAAUAAAGUUUAGUUUUUUUUAUCCUAAUGA